GCUUCAUUCAGCAGCAGCAGCAGCACACACACACACACAGUCCUGAAGGGACGAUCCUGCGCCGAGAUGAACCGAGUCGACUCGGAUUAAAGGACAAGUCACGAUAUAACCGGAGAGUUUCGAGAUUGAAGCGAAAUCGAGACAAAGCGCUCAGGAAGAAAGUUCACAACUCGGAAACCCGGAAUUCUGUGAACACUCGGACCAUCACACAGACACUGAAGACAUCAGAGGCUGUUGGGGGGGUUUGUUUGUUUUUUUGUUUAUUUGUUUGUUUUGCUGUUGAUCUGUCCUGCUUGCUGCUCUGGAGAGGUGCUGAAGGAAGAAUUUGCCAUCCGGACCACCGGUGCGUCAAGAGCGCGCAGAGCGAGAAGAUUGGAGCAAGAUGCUGCAGUUUUGUCUCGCUCUCAUCCUUUUAGGAACAGCGACUGAAGCGGCCUACUUUUCCCAGCAGCCCCAGGACCAGGUUGUAGUGGCUGGCCAAUCAGUGACGCUUCCGUGUGUCAUCGUGGGAUACCGAGGCAUGGUGCAGUGGACUAAAGAUGGCCUAGCACUUGGUGGAGAACGGGAUUUACCUGGUUGGGCACGUUAUUCCCUGAUGGGAGAUCCGCUAUCAGGGGAGCACAGCUUGGUGAUCGAAUCGGCAGAGCUGGCCGAUGAUGCCGUGUACGAAUGCCAGGCCACACAAGCAGCACUGCGCUCACAUCGAGCCAAACUCACUGUCCUGGUUCCACCUUCGGACCCCGUGGUCGAGGGAGGGCCUGUUGUGCGUCUGAAAGCUCACACUCCUCAUAACCUGACAUGUCGGGCAUCUGGAGCCAAGCCUGCAGCUGAGAUCACCUGGUACAGGGAUGGAGAGGUCAUGCACACUGCAAUCUACUCAAAGACUCUGAUGGAGGACGGGAAGAGGGAGAUGGCGGUCAGCCUGUUGCCCCUAGUGCCUGAUGACCGCGAUUCGGGUCGGACCUACACCUGCAGGGUCCUAAACCCAGCAGCCCCGGCCGGACGCCAGACUUCCAUCACCAUCAAUGUUCAACAUCCUCCAUCUGUCACUCUGUCCGUCCAGCCUCAGACCGUAAUGGAGGGAACCAAAGUGCUGUUCAUCUGCUCAGCCUCUGCCAGCCCGGAGAUCACCGGCUACAGGUGGUCAAAAGGUGGCGUCCCUAUCCCAGAGGCCAAAGGGGACAAUCUGGAGGUGACGGUGGACUACUCAUAUUUCACAGACCCGGUGUCCUGCGAGGUGUCCAACUCUGUGGGAAGCACUAACGUCAGCACACUGGUGGACGUGCAGUUCGGUCCCAGGUUGUUAUCGGAGCCUAAGCCGCAGACGGUGGACACAGGCAUGGACGCGGCCUUCACCUGCGCCUGGACCGGCAACCCUCCACUCACCCUGGCGUGGACCAAAGAGGGCUCCAGCGUGGUGCUCAGUAACAGCAACACACUGCACCUCAAGGCCGUGACUCAAGAAGACGCCGGGACGUACACCUGUAAAGCCAUCGUCCCAAGGAUUGGUGUGGCUGAAAGAGACGUCACACUCACUGUAAACGGUCCACCCAUCAUCACGGCCGAGGCUACGCAGCAGGCUGUCAAACACGCCAAAGGAAAGCUAGAGUGUCUGGUGGGCAGCAGCCCUCCUCCUGACAAAAUAGUGUGGACGUUCGGGGACACGAGCUUGUCCUCUGGAUCCUCGGGCCGUUUCUCGGUGCAGACGGUGACCAGCGACCACGGCGUCUUGUCGUCCCUCGUCCUGUCCGAGACGCUGGCUCAAGAUUUCCAGCUGAGAUACAACUGCACUGCAUGGAACCGCUUCGGAACGGGCACGGUGCUCGUCAUGCUCAAAGAACAAGAAGCACUGCCCUUGCUCAUCAUCAUUGGAUCGUCUGUUGGAGGCGGUUGUGUUUUCAUCGUUUGCGUCAUCACCCUGGCGUCCAUCUGUUGCCGCCAUGCUGCUAAAGGUAAAAAAGGAACGCGCCUAUCCAAGAGUGACAUCCGCGUUCAGAUUGUACACAGUGACCACAACGCAGCCCGUGGGAACGAUGACGAGGAGGAUGUGAAGGAACCGAUGGCUCCCAACAGCAGCGAGUCUCCCGGGACGUCACGCACCGAGCACAGCGAUCUGCUGGAGGAGGAAGAUGACGAAAGAUCAGAUAUUAAGGACCCCACAAAUGGCUACUACAACGUCCGAGGUCAUGAUGAUCGCCAUGUUGCCCGCACUGGCUUUUCAGAGUUUGUCCCAACCUCGCGGCCUGUUUACACACCAUGCCAACUUCCAUCUCCAGGCCCAUUGUACAGCCAGACCACCACCACCACCACCACCACCACCCAGCCACGUGUCUAUGACUUCUCCAACCGCUAUGCCACCACACCAGCCACCCGGACCACCUAUGAGCAACAACCACAACAGCAGCAACAGCCACAACAACAACCACAACCACAGCCACAACAGCAAACAACUCCCACAAUGUACCCACCUGACCCGCUGUACCUGCCCAAUACUUAUGGCCGCGCCUUCACCAGCUACGUCAAGCCCGCCUCCUUUGACAAAGUGGACACUUUUGAGCAAUCAGAUCAGGCCAGCAAGGUGUCCGGGUCGUCCCGCUUCUCCUACGCAUCCUCGCAGCAGUCCGACUACGGACGGCCGUCCCAGCAGCGCAUGCAGACUCACGUGUGAGCGCUAGACUUGCAGAGGGUGCCAAGUUUGAUCAUUGAAGGAAUUUUCCCUCGAUUUAAAGUGCACAUUGGGAGUCAGAUUCGGAUGGUCCUGCUUGAGCUUUAGGAUAACUCUUCUGCUCCCAUACACGUGUCACGUCUGGAUUGUCUAAGCUAAUUUUAUUGUCUUUAGCUUUGUCUACUAGCUGAACUUAUGGUGAAUGAAUGCCAUCAUUUUGUAAUCUCACUUACUGAGGGAACGUGAGGAUGCUUCAGCAUCUCCGAAUGGUCUGUGAUGGGAAUCAUAGACUCAUCAAAUGAACUAACUUUUGUAAAUGAGAAGCUUACGCUGGACCACAAGUCAAAAAAAAAAAAAAAAAAAAGAAGAAAAAAAAUGUCUCGUGCUGGCAUGCUGAAGGAAUCGUAAGCACAUUUUGUGUGUCAUUGACAAGAGGACUGAACUCCAACAAGAAUUCAACAGAUAAACUGAGACAAAGUGGUGGAAAUUAUGGCUCUUUUAUGAAAGUGUCUUCUGUUGUUAAGGUAUUUCUAAAGAAGGAAAAAGGGACUUCUGGAAAAUAAAAGGAUGUAAUGAAGAGAGAGAUGCGCUUUAGUUGCAUUUUCCCUCUGAUCAGCAGAACAAAGAGAGAAGAAGCCCUAAUGAAGAUGCAACCCAGACACAAGAGGCAUAUUUUGCACCCUGAAAUGGCAUGUUACUGGUUUUGGGGUGCAAAUGGAAGGUGCCUCGGGCGUAUUGAGAAGCUGGUGGCAAUCUGAAACUGCAAAAUCGACAUGCAGUAAUAAUUUAGCGACUGUGAGUUUACUAAAAGUGCGGGCUGAGCCGUUCUGUCGAAAGUAACACAAUCAAGCAUCUCUGCCAUGUUUACACACAAUUAAAAGGUAGAACACAAUGCUCCUGAUAAACGAGUGUAAAAAUUCAGGGGUAAGCCCUCUCCUCUUGUCUGUUGCAUGCAGAUGACGUGUCUAUGUGAACGUAUCGAGCAUUUCUUUCCAUGUCCAUUCCUUGUGUGAGACAUUGCUUUACUGCACCUAAUGCCAUUUGAUCGUGCUAAUCCCGAUGACCGGGUUCCUGUACUGCCAUUUUUUUCUUCGGGCCUGAGUGAUUUCCAUUAGGGGGGGGAAAAGUAAAUUCACAAAGUGAACUGUGCCGAAAAAACACAUCGCUUGUCUUUAUUUUUAUACUUUCUAUAAGCCUUAAUGUACAGUGUGUAAGCUGCUCAACUGUAAAGUACAUUUAUAUUAUGAAUGCGUCUAAACAUAUAUCUAAUUUGAUUUGAUUUGUUUUGAUUUUAACACAGCAUUUUUAGCUCAAUUUUUCUCCUCGUAAGCCUGAAUUCUUCAUCAUUC